UGCGAAAAACAACAAGUCAACGAACAACAGCAACGUCCUUUCGCUCCAAGGAUCAACGAUGGAGAAAACGAUGGAUUAUCUCGGAAACGUUGGGUCUCUGCGUAACGGCGAGUUUCCGGAGAAAGAUUGUCUCUUUCCUCUCGUUUCUAAGCUGCUCGGUUACUUCCUCGUCGCUGUUUCAAUGACCGUCAAGCUUCCUCAGAUAAUGAAAAUCUUGGAGAAUAAGAGUGUAAGAGGCUUAAGCGUUGCAGCAUUCGAGUUCGAAGUGCUUGGUUACACAAUCUCACUCGCGUAUUGUCUUGAUAAGAAGCUUCCUUUCUCAGCUUAUGGCGAACUUGCGUUUCUUUUGAUCCAAGCUUUGAUCUUGGUGGCUUGUAGCUAUUACUUCUCUCGAACUCUCUCUGUUUCAACUUGGGUUAGAGCAGUUCUGUACUUUGCUUUAGCACCGAUUUUGUUUACUGGUCGGGUUGAUCCUUUAGUGUUCGAAGCUCUUUAUGGUUCAAAGUAUUUGAUACUGCUGUCUUCGAAAGUUCCUCAAAUUUUGAAGAAUUUCAGAAACAAGAGCACCGGGCAGCUUAGUUUCUCGACUUGUUUGAUGAACUUGGGUGGAGCCAUGGCGAGAGUUUUCACCAGCGUUCAGGAGAAUGCUCCGUUUAGUAUGGUUAUGGCUAUUGUUCUUGCUGUCUCCAUGCAUGGUAUCAUCAUGAUUCAGAUUCUUUUGUACAUGUCAAAAGGAGAAGAAAAGCAAGUGAAUGAUAAAAAGAUGUCAUGAGAAUCAUGUAAACUAAAAGAUGUUUACACUCAUUUUUUUAUAUUAUGGAUUAAAUAAAA